AAUGUUUAUGAUUCAUUAUAAAGAAUCGGUUCAUAAGAGAAUCAUUCUGGAAACGGACUGCUGGCUGCUGUAUGUUUCGCUGUAGGCCUACAGUAGCGAUGUUUGUGUAAACAACAGUUAACGCAUUCAGUGCAGCAGUGUUCAGAUUCAGAUCGGUAUUUGUUAAAUGGAACCUGUUCAUAAAGAACCGGUUCCCAACUCUACAUCUGCGAUCAUUCAGAAAUGUUUUUGAGUUGGCAUGUCAAAGUUUCAUGUGUCAUAUAUUUUAACUUUAGGCGACUUUGACGACAAAUGUAUUUACGUGUUUGUUUAUAACUUUUAGAUCUACAACGCAGAUAUAACGACCCUUAUGCUUUAUUCACUCUCUUGUUAAUUUAACAACAGUCACUAUGCACUUUAUAUCGCGUAUAAAUAUAAAUUCUACUCUAAUCGUUAUUAUUUUAACUAUGAACCCAAAACCGAGCCAAGCUCAGGAAAACAGCUGCGCAUUUAAAUAAUAAACCUGUUGAUGCAGAGGAAAACAUGAUACAUCACUGAAAACCAAUUAUUUUAGAUGGAAAAAACAUAGGCUACCAUGUAAUGCCCAGCAUUAAAUUAGGUUACAGCUAUCUUCCAUCAUUCUAUUGAUUUUUUUUCGACAUGAUUACUUUAAACAUGAUCUAUUAUUAGAUGUUUUUUUUUUUUGGUACAAUACACAAUAGCGAGCAUUGGCUUCGUAUGGUCUUAAAUCUAAACCCAAUGUUACUUUCAGAGCUAUUACAGUCUAGGGCGGGGCUUUGGUGCUUUACUUUUUUGUUUUGUUCAGUUUUUUUUCCUCCCCUCUCCCUGAAAGCUUGUCGGAUGCUUGUCAGUUCGCAUUUAGCUUACCAUUAUCAAGGCUCAAAGCCUUUGGAGGACGACGGACUGCGAUUUACAGGGAAUUUUUGGAUAACGGUCCUGUUGAAUUGGGAUCUUCACUAUACGGGGAUAAGGAAUAGGCUAUGUGAAUGAAGCGUUUGAAAAGCAGUAGAGGAUGUUCGUGCUUCCUAAAGAACGUGCAUGACUGAUUUUUCAUGAGGACACUUAAUAAAUAAAAACAUAUGGUGACCAAAAUGAAGCAAGCCUUCAGCUGUUAAGAUGAUUCAUAGGAGAAAAAACUCCAGACAUAUUCCAGACAAAAGCAACACUGUCAACACAGAAUUUCCAACAAUGACACGUCUGACAAAGAGAACUUUUACCCAGACCGAAUGACUACAGGCGAGACAGACUUAAUAGGAUCUAAUAAAUUGGACAACAGAUAGCAGUAUAGUGGAAUAUUCAAGCCUUGAGAUGGAGGUGGGAAGGCCGGAAGUUGCAGAGCAAGAGACCUUCUCCAAGGGUGGACAGGACAACCCCGAUGGCAAGAAGAGCCGGGGUCACACUUGUGAACUCUGUGGAAGAAGUUUUCCUUUUCUCAGCUCCUUGUCCCAGCACAUGAGAAAGCACACUGGGGAGAAACCAUACAAGUGUCCUCACUGUGAUCACCGCUCAGCCCAGAAGGGUAGCUUAAAGGCCCACAUUCGCAGUCACAAACUGGAUGGCCUCAGCCAGAGCACUGGCGGCGAGGAGGAAGAUGUGGAUGAGGAAGGGGAAAAAGAAGGAGGGGUGCCAGAAGAUCAAGGUGGUUGCUCCAGUCCGACUGAGAGUACCUCAGCCUGCAACAAGGUUGUGAGUGGUGAAGAGGCAACCAAAAUGAGGAAGAAAGGUGGUAAGAAGGAAAGAAUCUCUGGUGAAAACGGCAAACAGUCAUUGCAGUGUUCUCUGUGCAGGAAAAGAGUGUCAAGUCAGGCAGAGCUUGAACAGCAUAUGCAGGAGCUUCACAAGGUCUUCCAAUGUGAACUGUGCCCUUAUGAGACCUUGCAGGAGGACCAACUGCAGGUUCACGUUGAGAAGGUACAUCCUAUUGAGGAGGAAUCUAUCACCAAAGAAGUCUCUACCAGCGAGGAAGCUGACGGUGAACUUGGUAAAGGCGAGUUCCCAUGUGAACAAUGUGACCAGGUGUUUACCCAAGCCUGGUUUCUGAAAGCUCACAUGAAGAAGCAUCAGAACAGUCUGGAUCAUGGGUGCCGGAUCUGUGGACGCCGUUUCCGUGAGCCCUGGUUCCUACGUAGCCACAUGAAGACUCACAACACCAAGGUAAAACCAAAGAGUGACUCUUACCUUCCAGCUACUGUCAACGAGGUGGCGCAGGAUGAGUCCAACUUGGUGAAUGAAGUGUGUCUGUAUGAACUCUGUGCCAAGUGUGGUAACUUCUUCCAUGACCGCCAGAGCCUGCAACUGCACGAGCAGGUCCACAGAAAUGUUGAGCAGCCUCCUAGCAAUACCUUCUGUAGUGAUAAGGACUUCGCAUCUGCCACCAAGACAAGCUUCUUGGAAUGCCUAAACUUGAAACCAGCAGGAAAGGAAGAGAACCCCAUUGAGGGAACUCUAGGGAAAAGAAUCCCAGAGCUUGAUCCAGUAAGUAGCUACCAGGCUUGGCAACUGGCCACCAGAGGCAAACUGGUGGAGGUAUCUGAGAAGAGCCUGGGAUGGGAAGAGAGGUUAGCCGAUGCAGAUGUAGCAUAUGACAGGGAAAAGGGCGAGUAUGUCUUGACAAGACAGGACAAGCGGAAGAAAUCACUCGAUUCCACUGUGAGUAUCCCAACCAAGAAACGGAGAGGGGCUGGAACCCAAGGCUCCAAUACAGAUCAGCACAGCAAUGGAGAAAGGAACAGCCAGGUCUUGACAGGUGAGCGAAGCCCAGAGAAUCUGAGUGACUCAGAGUACCGGCCUACUUCUCGCCCUAGCCGUAAGAAUUCCCAGAAAACCUCAGAGUGCUUGGAGUGCGGAAAGGGCUUCCGCACACAGCAACAGAUGGUGAUCCACAUGCUCAUCAGACAUGGUGGCUUGGGUGAAACCAUUGGUGGAAAUGGACUGUUCCGUAAAGCAGCGUCCAGCCCAUCUAAAGCAGGGGAAUCAGCAGGACACUUCAGGGAUCAAAGGCGGACAGGAUUCUUUGGGGACACAGAUAAAAAGCCAUACACCUGUGAGCACUGUGACUUUUGCACCUCGGAGCCCUCGGCCAUCGCUGCCCACGUCCAAACACAUCAUUUGGCGAUCAGGGACUGGGGCCAGAGGAGUGAUGCCUUAACCAGCUCACUCAGCCAAAGCCAAACUCACCAAACGAGCCACACGGGCUUCCCAAGGCUGAGAAAUGCCCUGCUGCAGCAGCCCUACUGGCCCUACACCACCUCAACUCACCUGGAGAGGGCAGCACUGAGCGACACCGCUUCAAAGACGGAGGAUGAAAAGAGCAAGGGUUUGGAAGAAAGUAGCUCCACAGAUAAAGUGGAUGCUAAUCUGCUUAAUCUCUCCAUGGAGGUGGAUAACGAAAAAGAAGGCGUUUCUUCUACAUUAUUGAACAGUUUGGUUAGACACCAGUGUCCUUAUUGCUCUUAUGCAACACUGUAUCCAGAAGUUCUCUGGAUCCACCAACGAAUCGCACACAAAGUUGACAGUACUACGUUGGUGCCUAAGUGGGCCCCAAGAAAUGGCCUCAAGGGGCCAAAAUCACUUCUCGAUUUCAAGAGGCGCACUGGGCCACCUCCAUUUCUGGAGGGUAAGGACUGCCCCUCUCUGCCACAGAUGAGAACUUCCCGAACGAGUCCACCUGACUGCAGCCCUGGAGGGACAAAGAAAUCAAAACCUCAGACAAGUAGCGUAGAGUCCAGCUCUUCGCAAAGCAAGAACUGGCAUGCGGCCACAGCACCAGGGGCACCAUCUCACUCGUCCAAACACAAGACCAGCAAGUCCAGGAUGGAUGAGUUGGCAAGCAGUAAACACAAAGCAGACGUCCAUCAAAACAGCUCAUCACGGCCCACGGCAAGUCCUCAGAAGACUGGAACCCCAAAGACGGGAAGCAGAGUGAUGGAGAGUAGUCUGCUACCUCAAGAAGGACUUCAUUUUAUGCUCUCUAGCAAACACAACCUCUCAGAUCAGAGGAGCUCCAAAGCCCAUGCUCCUCAGACCCCCGGCAGAUCUGAUUCUCAAGCUCAGGAUACACCGUCCGUGGCUGGGUAUGACCCCUGGAGCAGACUUAGCUCGAGUGGCCCAUCCUCUCACUCCCAGUCCAAGAGACAGUCAAAGGCUGAUGGUCCAGAAGCUGUGACGGACAUCCUGAGUUUCUUGAAGAACUGCAGUCCUCAUGAUUUAGCUGCCCUCUACCACCACUGGGGCUUCAGCAAUGCCAUUGCAGAGCAAGCAGGGUUGGCGAGGUCAGGGUCUCAGCAGGGGGAGUAUGUGUGUCCGGUGUGCAGGAAGAGCUUCAACCAGCCCAGCCAUUACCGCACACACAUGAGAUCACACACAGGUGAGCGACCUUUCCAGUGCCGAUACUGUCCUUACAGCGCCUCGCAGAAAGGUAACCUGAAGACUCAUGUCCAGACCGUGCACCGUCUAGCCUUCGACAACGCACAGUACCCGGACAGGAGACUCCGCCAAGCCCCUACCAAUGAACCCACGGACCCCUCCGGAUCUCACUGAACAUCCCCACCUCCUCACGACCAGCUUAAAUGAAGACAGAAAUCUAUAAAAAGUCCAUCAAAAACUGUUUGAUGCAAAAAUACGCCAUUCAAGGAAGACUUUGUGUAAUGUACGGCAUUGGAUUUGUUCGUGUUUUUAGUUUAGUUUGAUGGGAAGUGUUACCUUUAUAUUUUCACCCGACACAAUGCUCUAGAUUAAAACGAAACUACGCAGAACAGACCAGCGACAUGUUUGCAACAUGUUUACACCUCCUUUAUCCAGAACUUGCAAAACACUUGAGGGCUAAAGCCUUGGCAACACAAGGUCAAAGCUGAUGGAGUAUGACAGUGAGCUGCGUUCUCAAACCCAAGGACUUCAGCUGAUCCCCUAAACUUGAAAUGCUGCCUCAGAGUUCCCUGAAUGACUAGUGGUUAAACGAAAUAGCCUUAGUCCACAACGAGUGUAGUUUGUGCGUGCGUGCGUGUGCGAUUGUGUUUUCCACAUUCUAUUUCUCAGGACUUGAGUUAGAUGAAAUUCCAAAGCCUGCAUUCAUUCACAACAGUGCAUAAUUGCACGCGAAGGAGACAUGCAGUGAAAUUCAGUACUUAGAUUUGAGUUUUGCUGAUUAUAGGCAUAUAUAAUAUAGAUGUGUGUGUGUUUUGUCACUGGUUGGACAAACACUUGGCACUAUCAUCAAAAUAUGCCCUCAACACUUUUGUAUUGUGUUAUACCUGGGAUUUAAAGUAUUUAUGUAAGCGCAACUGUAUUGUUACAUGGGUUUCCAAUUGUGUUGAGUGUCAUUCAUAAACCAUCUUUCUGAAGAGUUUAAGGUAAAGACACAUGCCAUAUUUUGCGUUAGUGUCAUCUGAUUGGUCCAACGAAGUCAGGAAUAUUAUUUGUCUGCGCUUGUGUUUCUCCUUUUUUCCAUCAAAUAUGUUUGCCUCAGUGGAUUCUGAAUAAUUCUAUCUCAAAAAAGAGAAAGAAAACUGUUAAUUCAAUGGCACAUCAGGUCUUAAAGCCAUGUUAAAAUGCUGAAGUUUUCGAUGAAGGAUCUAUUUUAAUCUUAACAUGAAGAGUUGUCUGUAUAAUCAUUUAAAUUAUUACAUCAUAGAGAAACUAGUGAUUAGUGCAAGACUAGAUUGGGGGAUUUUAGUGCGUUUUAUAAUGCUACGUAUAAAGCUUUAGAAUGCCAUAUUUUUUAGAGUUUGAAAACUUAAAAGCAAAGAAAUUCUUGUCCAUAUAUUUCUAUGGAUGUUGUAUAUGGUAAUUAGGUAUUUACAGAUACAGUCCUGCACAGUUGUGUACGUUUAAUUGCAUUUAGAUAUGUACAAGAGUCAAAAAUGAACAUUUAUCUAGAGCAUUUAUAUUGCCGAAGUCCUUAUGUUGGAAACUAAGCCAAGAAAACUGAUCCUACAUUACAAAUUUUGUUUUAGAAGAACCUCCCGUGUGAAUUUGUGUUGAUACUCAGCAGUCAAACUGUAACAUGUUGCAGGUUCUAAGCAGUGGCAGUGACCCAGGAACUGAGAGUUACUGAGGACAGUUCUAUCACCAAUGCCCUUGAGCAAGGCAAUAGGGACUUCAUGUUCCUGCAAUUGAUGUCUUGGAAGUUGCAUAGGAUGAAAUGUGACUGCUUAAUUGUAAUUUACUAACAGUAAAUCAUGGAAUCUUUUAAAAAUUUGUCCUAGGACACAAAAAAACAAAAACAAAUAGCCUUUCCUGUUAGCUUUUUACUAAAUUAAAACCCCUGAGUACUAGAGCAGAAGACCUAAGAAAACUAAAUAGCAUGUUAUGAAUUUAUUUGCAAUUGGAUUGUUUUACUUUAUGUAACACUAUUAAUUUUGUGGUUUGAAUAGAAGUAGUAGUUGAAUGUAUGGAAUGUAUUUUGUGUGGUUAAAAGUUUUCUCUUUUUUUCCCUCCACAUAUAUUUUGUUCAAUGAAGUACACAAAACCUGUCAGCUGUCAUCAUCACAUCAUCUCCAUCAUACAUUGUCAACUGUUGAAGUUUUGAACCGCUUAAAUUAAACUUUACCCUUACCUUUGGUCUAAA